GAAUGUGCCGCUGAGUACAGUUUGCCGGCCUGUGUGCAAUGCACGGGCAUUCGCGAUAGCUUUACUACGUUAGGCUCAAACUAGAUACAUAAUAAAUGAAUGAAAGAUGCAUUUGAUUGGAUCUUUCCAUUUGAAAUGCAUAGUGGUGGUUUUUUGUUGGGUUUCGUGCACACAUCCUGUGUUCAGUCAAAGAGCGUUGGGUGCUAUAUACGACGAUGGAAGUUUUUUGAUGGAAGCAGCUUUCACUGUAGCUAUAGAUGCAGUUUCUACAGACACUGAUAAUCCGUUUCAGGCUAAUGUAGCUCGAACCUCUCCUGGUGAUUUGCUAGAAAGCGAAGAAGCGAUGUGCUCUCUAUUAGAAGAAACUAAUAUAUUUGCUGUAUUUGGACCUAAAACUAAAAGUUCUAUUGAGCAUAUACAAUCAAUAGCUGAUACCUUUGAAAUACCACAUAUAUUAACGGAACCAGUCACAACACAAACUCGGAAUUGGUCGGCAAUAAAUCUAUACCCCAAUCACCUAGCCUAUUCACAGGUUUUUGCUGAUAUUAUCCAAGUGAAAGGCUGGACGGAAUUCACCAUUAUUUAUGAAGGCUCUGAACUUUUACCUUUAUUAGAUGGCAUAUUUAAUUUGGAAGACUUGGAUUCAGGCGAUCAUGUUAUCAUAACCGUGGUUCAGUUGCCCGAUGGAGAUGAUUAUAGGCAUCAGCUAAAGGAUAUAAAAAGUUCAGGUUCAUUAAAUUAUCUAGUUGAUACUAGCCUAGAAAGGCUACCACAGUUUAUGCAGCAAGCACAACAAGUCGGCAUAAUGUCGGACGAUCACAGUUACAUCAUAAUGAACCCCGAUUUCCAAACUAUCGAUAUAGAUCCAUAUAAACAUGGUGGUUCGAACAUAACAGGACUAAGGUUUUUCGAUCCAAGUUUGGAAUCAAUACAAAAUUUUAUCACUUCAUUAAAUGCGAAAGUAUCUGAACUGUCUGAAGAACAGAUAGAAAACGCAGUUGGUGAAAAUGCUUUGACUCUUGAUUUGGCUUUAAUUUCUGAUGCAGUUACGGUUUACACUACCGCUCUAAACCUUCUUGGAAUAACAGAUGGGGCAAACGUUACUUGUGAUCAAGAUGAAAGUUGGGAUUUUGGAUCUAGCAUUAUAAAUUUUGCGAAAACGAUUGAAAUAGACGGCUUAACUGGAUUAGUAAAAUUUGAUGAGGAUGGCUUUCGUACUGAUUUCGAAAUUGAUGUUCUCGAAGUAAUGGCCCAUGGAUUUGAAAAGGUUGGCACCUGGACAGCUGAAGACGGCUACACUGAAGCACGAACAUUUGUUCCGCCUGCUGAGCAAGAGGGUUCAGAGUCAAUGAGAGGAAAGCAUUUCCUUGUUCUCACUGCAUUGAGUGCCCCAUACGGUAUGCUCAAAGAGAGUGCGAUUAUGUUAGAGGGCAACGAUCGAUACGAAGGAUUUGGGAUAGAACUUAUAGAGGAACUAGCAAAAAUGAACGGCUUCAAUUACACUUUUGAAUUGCAAACAGACGGUGUGUAUGGAUCUUAUGAUUCAAAAACUGGAAAAUGGACGGGAAUGAUGGAGAAAAUUAUGGAUGGAAGAGCCGACUUUGCCAUAACAGAUUUGACAAUAACAGCAGCGCGCCAGAAAGCAGUAGAUUUUACGAGUCCUUUUAUGAAUUUAGGCAUAACGAUAUUAUACAAAAAACCAACUAAACAGCCUCCAGACCUGUUCUCGUUCAUAUCACCUUUUUCUCUGGAAGUUUGGGGCUGGUUGGCUGGUGCUUUCGUUGGAGUGUCGGUGCUUUUAUUUAUUCUUGGCAGAAUCGCUCCUGAGGAAUGGCAAAAUCCUUACCCAUGUAUUGCAGAACCAGAAACAUUAGACAAUCAGUUUACUUUAGCCAAUUCUUUUUGGUUCACAUUGGGAAGUGUACUUACACAAGGUUCCGAAAUAGCACCUAUUGCUGUAUCCACUCGGAUGGCUGGUAGUAUGUGGUGGUUCUUUACUCUGAUUAUGGUUUCAUCUUAUACAGCUAAUCUUGCUGCAUUUUUGACUGUUGAAUCUAAAUUUUAUGCAAUCAAAAGUGUUACUGAUUUAGCUAACAAUCCCUACGACAUCCAUUAUGGCGCAAAAAUGAAAGGAGCAACUUAUAGUUUUUUUAAGGAGUCGGAUAACUUGCUAUAUCAGAAAAUGUAUGAGUAUAUGGAAAGUCAUCCAGAAUACCAACCUUCAACUAAUGAUGAAGGACUUGAAAGGGUGAAAUCAGAUGAAGAAAAUUAUGCUUUUCUAAUGGAAUCAACAUCAAUUGAAUAUAUGGCUGAAAGAAAUUGUGAUAUUGCCCAAAUCGGAGGACUUCUAGACAGUAAAGGAUAUGGAAUAGCCAUGAAAAAAAAUUCGCCUUAUCGUCAACCGAUGAGUGAAUCUAUUCUGCAAUUGCAAGAACAAGGUGUAUUAACCAGGAUGAAAGACAAAUGGUGGAAAGAAAAGAGAGGCGGCGGAGCGUGUACAGUAUGUAUCACUUUUCGUUAAGCUGGUGACAUUUGACAGCAGUACAGGUAUCUUUGACAUGCUCCAUAGGUAAUAAAAAAGAGAGAUUGUUACAAAUAUUAAAACGAAUAUCCAUGUAAAGUACCAGUAUUUUAAAAUCAUUCUUUGACGAUGUAUUAAUGAAAAUUCGUUUGUAUAGAUUACUUUGUGCUCACAAUUCGCAAUACAAAACUGAAGUUAGAUUAGAACAAAGAAUGAUCAAAAGAAAUAAUCUUAAAAAAAUAGGUAUUUUAGUCAAAAAUAAAUAUUGUGUAGAUUCACGUUAUCAAGAGAAAAGGUUUUCAUUUUUGUCAUCAACUUGGAUGACAAUAUCAAUGGUUUAUAAGUAGCUAAGCGAUGUGCGUGUGGACUGAGUGAUCUUUUCAAAAAACUCAUCCAAUCACAACCAAAUUAUAAGAGGAUUUAGGAAAUAAGGGCGCUCUGUGUACGCUAGAUAUUUGUCUGAUAAAUUACCACAGGACGACGACGCAGGCAGUGGUGACGCCCAACCCUUAGUCUUGGCGAACGUGGGCGGUGUAUUCAUAGUACUGGCGGCUGGUUCAGGCUUGGCAGUCGUUUGUGCUUUGCUCGAAAUGAUAGUCGAUGUAUGGCUCAUAUCUCGCACACAAAAGCCGUGCAUGACUCGAUGUCCUUACCUUACCUACCAGCUAAAUGCCAUGAAACCCUGCAAUUAUGCUCUCUCUAUUUUUGGUAUCAUUUCGAGAUGAGCUAAAAGCUGAACUAAAAUUUGUAUUCGGGUCUUCUGGCGAUGUGAAGCCGGUACGUCAUCGUGAACCCAGUGGUAGUGGAUCAGAAGGAUCCAAAGGCUCAAAAGGUACAAAACGAAGUAAAGACUCUAAUGAAGAGGAAGAAAAGAUUAUUGACGUAGAAUCCGUAAAAGAUGAAGAGGAAGAUGAUAAGAUGGAGCGAGCGCCUACUCCCAGAUCAGAACGGUCGUCUCACUCACAUCACACGUUGCAUAGUCGAAGACAAAGCAACGCUGUACAAAUGGCUAGGAUGCGGAAAUAUAGUAGAAAUAAUAUGUGAACUUACAUAAUAUAAAAUAAAUCAAGGUAAAUAUUGUAACGGACUAUAUUAUUUAGGCUGGAUACAAUAAAAUAUUAGAGUUGCUACUUUGUUAAAUCGGUGUCUUAUUUAUAACUUUAAUAAAACCAACUUAAAACCAACGUUUUUUGUUUUUCAUUUUGUUCAUCACGCUUAAGAAUCUUUUUUAGUGUUUCAUAGAAUUUGCAUAACUAUGUUAAUAAAACAUCUAACAGGGCAUCAAAAAUGGGGAAACUGAUUCUAAUACACGAACACAAUAUGACUGCCUAUCCAUUUACAAGAAACUUAAUAUCUGCUUACCCCGAUGGUUGACUGGUAGAGAAUGCCGCGUGGCGUUAAGUCCGCCAAUUGGUUGUAAAACAAUAAAGAGUAAAUAAAUUAAUAAAUAAACUUGUUAUCUAAUCUAUGGUAGUGAGAUGCUACUUAGAUCCUUCUAACCAAUUUCACCCAAAAGCCGGAGUAAAAUAUGAUCAUAUUGGACGUCGGACAGUUAAUUAGUACCAGUUUGCGAAAUGGCACUUGUCAGUGGUUCCAUGUGUCUUCAUUCAUGAGGGUCCGUUAAUGAAGGCGAGUGAUUGAGAGGAUUUAGUGACUUUUCGAGGUCGCCAGUGUCAAGACGCAAUAUGAGCUACAUAAUUAUGUGUUGCCAUCUAAUCAAUCAAUUUAUGUAUAUUAUUUAUAAACUUUGCAUGGUUCAUUAAUAAUAUUGUCGAAAUAAACAUGAUCGGUAUAUAAAGUUAUUAAUGGUUGGUUAUAUCAUAUUCUUUUUAAUUGUGUGAUCAUAGUUGUGGUCUAAGAUUACAGAACAAAAGACAGAUGGAGCGCACGGUACAUAGAUUGCGUGCCACCAAAACAAAUAUCAAGUCCAAACUAAAGACUUUUUUUUCUUUGUGUACAGUUUUUACAAUAGUUGAACAUGGCGGCAGUUUGAUAAAAACUGCUGCCAUAUCCACGGGACAUGCGUUGCUGGAACAUGAUGCGUUGUAGUGUACUGACGCUUGAGACAGCCGUGUUUGUACUAUUUUGUGCAAAAAUGGACCAAUAAAAAAAAAAAUAACUGCUCAAUGUAUGGUUGUACAAAUACAUAAUUGAACGGUGAAUUGUCUUAUUUCAUAACAAUAACAUUAAAAUUGAUAUAUUUUAGUUAUUAUUAGUAAAAAAAAUGACAAUCCUAGCAUGAUCGCCGAGCGUAGGUGUAAAGUACAUGCAUACAUGUCAUUGUGUUUGAGUUCCGUACCUAUCUGUUUUGUGGUAUAAACCAAGUUACCUCCAUAAAACACAGCCUCGGGCGUCAGUGCUUUUGAAAAUUAAUAAAUACAUAAAUUUCCUAGGAACAUUCAAAUAAGAGCCCUCAAGCUUUAAGUUAAUAUGAAUAGUGUUCAAGUUAGUUAGUAACACGACACCCGAACGGCCUAAUGCGUACAUAUUCCCCUAAUUACCACUCUUCUGUAGAGUUCUGACUUGCGAUGCCUACAAAGCUAAUGGACUGACUAUGUGAGAUAUCUAUAUUUUUUCGCGCGUCUGAGCGGCUAUAAUCGUAAAUAAUGGCUAGCGUAAUGAUGACACUGGAGAACAAGACGUUCUGAGUCAUAAGUUGCUCGUGGAUGAAAAUAGAUCGUUUUUACAAUGUACCGCUUUUUAUGAAACAAGAUUUAUCAUUGCACAGGAACUGAUGUGUUUCUUGCGUGUAGUAAGUGUAGGAAUGAAUGAAAUGCAUUGAUGUUUCCUGUUUUUGUUGGACACUCGCCACAUUUUUCCUUUUUCAAUCGGGGCUGGGUUGCAAAAUUUUAUUGGUUCAUCUAAUAGGAAUGUUAGUCGCCUGUGAUAUGUCUCAAAAAAAUUGUGACUAAACCGUUCCUUUUGCAAUCGUAAAAGUAAAAAUUACGCAAGACCGAUUGUUAUAAGAUUUGUAACCAAAAAAUAGAUUAUCUCCAGCUCAUCAGAUCUUCGGAAGCAUGCUGAGUUAUUGGUUCCCGCUGCGUUUUCGCUCGUUAGUACCCACCAAUCCGUCAUAAAGCAUAGGAUAGUUUAGGGCCAUUAAUGAGCUGAUGACGUGUACAUAUCAGCUAAAAAAUUUUUGUUAAAAAUAACAAAAUUUUGUUAUAGUAACAAACAGUGUAUUAACCAUAAUAUUUAUUUUACCAAAUACUCAAAUUUAUGAAAAUUAAAAUGUUUGUAAACGGAAUACCCAAACACAAUUUGAAUCAACCAAAUCAAGCAUUCUCUAUCCCGUGGAGACUCAAGACUCUAGCACAGUGGUUCUUAACCGGUGAUCCCUGGAAGCACGCGAAGUGGUUCGCGAAGCCAUUCGAAAAAAUAUUACAUAAGGAAGAAUGCCGAUUGAUUUACAAAUCCUGUGGGGGGGAGGAGGGUAAAUCGUAACUUGUGGUUAGUGGCAGGACGGCAAUUUCGACAAAUGGUCCUUAUUCAAAUGCCCCUGAUACUCUGAGGAACAAGCACAUCGAGAUGGGUCUGGCAAUGGACAAUCACGCGAGGCCCUUACGGGUCCGGAAGUGCGGUUUUUGGAAUUGCGCCGGUGCAGGAGCUAUCCCUCCCUGCCCAGUAAAUAUGUAGGGAGGACUCCACGGAUAUCCUCGUCGCACGCUCUCGGUGGCGAAGUAAGUCAAAAAAGAAGAAAAUUAAUAAAAAAAGUGUCAAGAGAUGCAACACCAAAACCAAAAAUGAUUAACAUGCAAAUUUCAAUAAUACGAAACUCUGUAAAGUUUAAUGUUCAUCGUUGAGUUCACUUAGUAUCCGAAGGUGUAUUAACUCCCAGUAUGAUAAGGUUUGUAUAACUUUGUGAGUGUCAAGUCUUCUACAGAGUUAUUGCUAAGGAUUAAAUAUUCAAACACUCUCAACGUAUCUACUCCUAGGAUUGUAAAAUGGAAACGGUUAGUGUUCUUAUUAAUUAUGUAACGUUGAGACUUUGAGAAGACAGUUUAAUUUAAGAAGAGUUGAAAAAGAUAAAAUAUACAAGCAAAAUAAUUAAUUUACUUAAUGCAAUGAUAUUCACAAUAUAACCUUUUUACAUGGAGUGGAGACAAGCACAGAUUAUCUAUAUAUAGUUAAAAUACUUAAGUUAAUAUUAUCGUUAUUAAAAAAAGGAAUAUAUAUGUAUUGUAAAGUACCAUUUUUCUCAACACUGCCGAGUCUGAUUUUGAUGCUCCAGCUACUACUAUAUUGUUACUACAACAGUAUCGGUAUUGGUUCUUGGACCACUUUCACACAGUUUCUUUUUUAACAACUACACGGCUACCAAUUUGUAUUGUUGCGAUGUAGUUUUUUGUUUUGAACUCCCGUGGAUAAGGUUAUUGUUUAUUAUAAAGAUAAUUAUAUUAAUUUCUAUACGAGUUGAUUGUAAAAAUGUAUUUCUACAUUGAUAGGCCUUAAUACAAACGACGUUAGUGGAAGUUUCUAAUCGAUUUAGUGGAACAUUUUUUUUUAUAUUUUAGAAUGUGGUAUAACUCUUUGUUCUGUAUUGCACGGAACCAUAGACUUGACAAUUGUUCUAUCAAUGAUAUUUCCUUCGAUCAAACAAAUCCACUCAAUGUCCCAUUUACAUCUACAGUAUUAAACCUUAAAGAAAAAUAAUUAAGUAUACUCUCUUCUCCUAGCGAAAGCGACGCUUAAACCACUAGAAGAAUGCUUAGAGCUAUGUGAGUGUUGCGUCCUACGAGUAGAUGUAGAUUUGCCCGAAAAAUGUGAUUUCAAUGUAGCGAUGUCAUCCUUCCCCUCUGGAUCAGCUAAGGCUUCUGCACUUCCAUCUUCUGUCUUCGGUGGUCUUUUGACAGGUUUGACGUCACCACUGAAUUUAAGGGCGAACUUGAGCUCUUCCACUAAUUCAUAUUUGAAGGUGGU